UGUCAGUUUAUUUUCUCCUUCAAGUAAAUAAGUAGGGAAGAAUCAGAAAACAACUGCAACUGGAGUUACUGGGAGAGUAUAGCUGGCUAGAUUGAUGUGUUCUUUUUUCCAUCUAGAGAACAGACUCUUUUCCCUAAAAGCAUCCGUUCCAACUCUUACUCUGUCAAGAUGUCUGGAAACCAAAGCAACACAAGUGAAAACCAUUGUGAUUUUGACAGUAGUUUGAUCAUCACUCUGGUUCCACCCUACAUCCUGGUCAUCAGCGUGCUUGGAAUCAUCUUUAAUGUGUAUGUGCUGAUGGUUUUCUGUCUCCACAAGAAGGCCUGCAAUGUGGCUGAGAUAUACCUGAGCAACCUGGCUGGAGCUGACCUUGUUCUGGUGUGCUGCUUGCCCUUCUGGGCUGAAUAUGCAAGAAAGAGGUACGACUGGCCUUUCAGUGAAAGCCUGUGUAAAGUGUCAUCAGCUGUUAUCUACAUGAAUGCCUUCUGCAGUAUUUACUUCCUUGUUCUGGUUAGCAUAGAUCGUUAUGUGGCCCUGGUGCACCCGCUUUCCCAUGAGAGGAUACGCCGGCCGUUUUAUGCCAAAUUGGGAUGUCUGUUUGUGUGGGGUCUUGGCUUGGUCUUUGCUCUCCCCAUAUUCAUCUACAGGAAGUUAGAAUUCAACUCUCAGUCAAAUCUUACUGGAUGUGAACUUGACUUCAAUGAACAUCAAUAUGUGGCAUAUGAGGUGAUAACCAUAAUUUUCAGCUUCAUCAUCCCUAUUAUCAUUAUUUCCUUCUGCACUGUCAGAAUUUUUCAGUCACUGAGUAACAGGCUAAUGGAGGGUUUAAACACUAAGAAAAUGGAGCAGAAGGCCACCACUCUUAUCCUGGCAGUUCUCCUGGCAUUCCUGAUCUGCUGGGUGCCAUUCCACGUGACAAAGAUACUAGAUGUGCUCCGAUACACUCGCAUUCUGAAAUGUAACAUCACACGGACCAUCGUCCAACAGGUCUCUGUGUACUUUGCCUUCUUCAACAGUGUCCUUAACCCCAUUCUCUACGUCAUUGCUGGAAAAAACUUCAGAAGAAGAGCAAAGGAACUCUCCAAGCAGUGGAACAAUAAGACAACAGAAACAUUCAGCCUCAUGUCAACUCGCAUGACGACUCUGAGGCUGACAAAGUCUCAAGCUGCUCUGUGAUCUUUUGAGUUUUGAUGUGUGCUUCGAUUAUUUUAAAUUAACUGGGUGAUUAUUGACCCAAGCAUGAGAAAGAAAAAUAUUUAGGCAAUCUGAAUAUAUGGGGUUUAUUUAACAUUGUUUAUUACACCGUUUCUCCAGAAAGCAGUAGUAAGGUUUGAGUGCCUAGAGGGGUCCUGCUAUUUUUUUUCCCCUAAUUCUAUGCACAUACAAUACCAGGAAUUCGGUGGAUAUCCAUAUUAAAGAAGCAUAUUUGAAAGUAACACACAGUCUCUGGAGCAUUUAGAGUCUUGGCUCUGCAUAAUGUCAGUGAGAGUGAUAUCCUUGAUAUUAUCAUCUCAGGUAUACAGCUCUGGCUGUGAACACAGCAGUCCCAACCACCUACUAUUUAAGUCAUGCUCAGAAUAAAGUUGGCUUAGAGAGAAGAAGCUGCAACAGCAAGAAUGAACUAAGAGGUGUUACUAAAAGCCAAGAUAAAGAAGGAUUAACUAGGACUGUUAAUCAGGUAAAGUUAGAAAGAAAUUGAAAACAUCAUCUUUUAUUCUUUUGGGCAGUGUUCCCCGUUUCUGGAGAAUGUGAUGAAGAAGUGACUAAUGGAAGAUAUAUGUACUGUUCAGUGCCCUGAACACACACAAAUAUAAUCCACAUCUUUUGUUUUACAUCAAAAGUUCAAACAACAAGGGUGGGGUUGCUUUCAAAGCCAAUGAUCCAGCUUUCUCUUAACAUCAUUUGAGACGCGAAUCUGAAUCUGCCAUUCUACUGCUUGAUUUUUUUUUAAAUUCAGUUAUAUUUUGCUUUCAGAUCUAAUGCAAUAAUAACACUGCUACAUAAUUGAAUAGCAUUACCACAUUUAUUCUAUAUUACAUAAGUAAUGGACACAAGCUAAUAUAAUGGAACAACUAUACAAAGGAGAUGAAAGAAGGUUAUCAGCGUUAAUAGCAUUAACACAAGAUUUUAAUGGUUAGAUGUUCCACACUGUACAUGUGAGUGCUCAAAUGUCUCUGUGCUGCAACAUUAUGCGGUUUUACUGCUACUGACUUCGAAUACUUUAGUGAUGAACUGUAAACCGCCAAACCUGUUGUGCUGCGCAGUAUUUCUUACUGUUGUGUAUUACAUUGUAAAGUAUUCCUUUCCUACUCCUGUGACUCCAAAAAGACAUUUUAACCUACCAAUACUGAAGAACUACCUGCACACUUGAUUAGUUUUUGCAUGUAUGUAUCAGUAUAUGAAAAACAGCGAAUUGUAUGCCUCGUACACAAACUUCGCUUUUACUGACAGCUUCUGUGUAUGUAUUGUGAAACAUUUAUACAGUGAACUUGCAAUAUAUCACCUUGCCAGAUCAGUGUAAAUACAAAAACUCAAUAAUCCUCAUUUAUUGGCAUCUUCUGUAGUCCGCUGUGAUAAAUAAACACCAUCUACACACCAGGGAACUUUAUGUUCUAAAUCAAAAAUAAUGUUUUAAAUUAAAUGCACAUCCUAUUUUAAGUUACACUUCAUGAGUUAUUAGAUAUUUUAUACUUUGGAUUAGUUGGUGAUUUCAAUUUGGCAGUUGAAUGUGGGUGUUAAUGUAAAUCUGUGUUGGCCCAGUCCAGUGUUGAUUCCCCGUAUGACAGCUGGGAUAGACUCCAGUCCUCAUACGUCCCAGAACUAGAUGAAUGGUUAAAAGAAUAGAUGUGGAUGGUUAUGGUUCUCAGCACCUCCAAUAAGCCUUUAUUUGGUAAGCUGUGAUUAAACUACAAAGGACUAACGAACUCCAGGCAUACCUGUCCACUCAGUGGCAGGCUUUGAACUGUCAACAGGUAGCUGUUACAAUGUAAACAGCAGGCAGAUCUCUACACUAGUUUUGUGGUUAGUGGGCUGUCAGUAUCGGAUUUAUCUCAUGGACAUAUUGGCACAUCCAAGUAAACCUAACAGAAUACACUGAACCACACUGGCACUAUUGAAAUGACAUGAUAUAAA